UGGCUUCCGUUUUGGCGCACGCGGAAGUGGAAUUGCUUGUUUCCUUUUCCUAUAUUUUUCAAAUUAUUCAUCAUCAAGGGAAAAAGUUUUAUAGGGGGUGAAUUGUUGUAUAUUUGUUCGACGCAACACGUAUAAAGUUGUGUUUGGUGUUGUUGGCUUUACGAAGAUGGAAGUGACGGAUUUUAGUGAUAUAUUGAGUGUCAGAACGAUAAAAAUGGAAAAUAGUUUUGAUGAAGCAACAGGGGUGGAAUCUUCUGAUCCGCUGAUGGUUCCUCAUUUUGUCACGGAAAGUGAUUUAGGUUUAAUGCAGUCCGGGGCUGAAAUGCUACAGACACCGUUGGCAGUGUUCGACACAGCUGACGAUGAUGAUACCAUGCAGAGUAACGAGUCUAGUGAAGAGGUGAUAAUCCAACUGAUGGACAUCCGCACACGUCUGUCAAAGCUGAGAGCGAUGUUAGAAGCCAGGCUGGGCGCUGACUUGGCCGACUAUACGUUCUGGCUGCAGGACGCUAAGAUGCUGGAAAACCACAAGACCUUAGUCGAGCAGUGCAUUCGAGGCGAAGGAGUUGUACAGGUCAACAUUCAGAUCAGCGCUGCGGAGAGAAAGAUCAAUAUCCUGGACGUCCUCAAGCCUGACGAGGAGAUGACGCGCCCGACGCCCGACUACCCAGAAGACGAAGAAGACGACGAAGAAUGUCUUCCUCAGACGGAAGACGAAGGUGCCGUGGAUAUGGAGGCGGUCAGCGGUCAAACUGAGUCCACGGUCAAGUGGGUGGUCGACGCGCAGUUCAAGCACGAUCACAGGGUCAAGAUACCCGACGACCCGCGGCUGUGGUCAGUGCAACACGUGAAGCUGUGGAUCCAGUGGGCCGUCCGGCAGUUCAACCUGGCCGGCGUCCGGCUGUCCGACUGGGCGCUGUCCGGCUCGCGACUAUGCAGCCUCAGCAACAAGGAGUUUAAAGAAAAAGUGCCAUCUGAUCCUGGAGACAUAUUUUGGACGCACUUCGAAUUGCUAAGGAAAUGUAAAUUUAUUGCUGUCGUCCAAAGUGAAGAAAGCCCGGCGAACAAAGACCCUUUAGAAAUAGAUAAUAUGCAGCAGUCAGCCAUAAAGAAAAAACCAAAGCUAACAGCAACCCGCUCCGUGCCUCCAGCGGAAGACUUACCAGCGCGAGCCGGCAACAACGGCCAAGUGCAACUGUGGCAGUUCCUAUUAGAACUGCUCACCAGCGCUGAGCAUUAUGACGUCAUACGCUGGCACGAAGACUUACCAGCGCGAGCCGGCAACAACGGCCAAGUGCAGCUGUGGCAGUUCCUAUUAGAACUGCUCACCAGCGCUGAGCAUUACGACGUCAUACGCUGGCACGACUUACCAGCGCGAGCCGGCAACAACGGCCAAGUGCAGCUGUGGCAGUUCCUAUUAGAACUGCUCACCAGCGCUGAGCAUUACGACGUCAUACGCUGGCACGGUACGGAAGGCGAGUUCAAGCUGUUAGAGCCUGAACGAGUGGCUCGCCUAUGGGGCGCUCGCAAGCACAAACCAGCCAUGAACUACGAGAAGCUAUCGCGCGCCUUGCGAUACUACUACGACGGGGAUAUGAUAGCCAAGGUGCCGGGGAAACGGUUCGUGUACAAAUUCGUGUGCGACUUGCGUCAGCUGGUCGGCUACGGCGCGGGCGAGCUCGCGGCGCUCGUGCGAGACCUGGCGCAGCGCGAGAUGCUGCUCUCGUGUGGUGUGGACGGCUAG